GCUGCGCCCUACGGCACCGCGCCCUGCGGCAGCGUGCUGCGGGGCACCGCACCGCUCCCUCCGGCACCGCAGCGCCCGCGCCCGGCGGGGCCAUGAUGGCGUGCGCCGAGCUGCUGGCCGUGUGUCUGCUCUCAGCCGACCGCGGCCCCGCGCCCCGCCGCCAGCCUCUCCCCAUCUUCCACGACAUUUUCCGACGAGCCGACAAGAAUGAUGAUGGGAAGCUGUCAUUUGAGGAGUUCAAGAACUAUUUCGCUGAUGGGAUCCUGAGCUCGGAGGAGCUGUGGGAGUUGUUCAGUGGCAUUGACAGGCGUCAUUCAGAUAAUGUGGACACAGAGAAAUUGUGCGAUUAUUUCUCAGCAUAUCUCGGGGAAUACAAGAAUGUGCUUUCUGCCCUGGAAGCCCUCAACUCUGCGGUUCUGGCAGCCAUGGACAAAACCAAGCUGAGGUAUGAGACCUCCUCAAAGAUGGAGCAGUUCUUGACCCGUUUCCUGCUGCGGGAAACCAUGCACCAGCUGCAGUCCCUGCAGGCCUCGCUCGAGUGUGCUGUGGACACCGUGGAGGAGCAGGCAGGACGGGAGAGAAAGGACAUAAAGAAAUCGGAGACCUCGGUUGGCCUGCGGUCAGGGAGACGAUGUGGGCGCAGAGGACAGAAGAAUGUAUGUCUGUCUCCGACAGACCCCUACUCCGGGAUGCUAACGACAGGUGUUUGUGUCGAAGACAACAGCCAGUGGAUGGCGCAGAUUAACAGACUGCAGCAGCUCAUCGAGAAACUAGAGUGCAAGAGCCCACGCCUGGAGCCACUAAAGGAGGAAGCAAUGUGUGAAGGAAGAGAUGCACACAUCCUGGUGGCCAAGAGGCAGAUCUCGGUGGCAACAAGCAGCAUUGAGGAGUUCCGCCAGGCGUUCAGGUCCUACACGGAGAUCACCGCUGGGCAGAGCAGCUGCCUGCACGUGUCUGCCUGCAAGCUGACGGACGAGGCCUGCUUCAUCCUGUACGAGUUCUGGCAGGACGUGACUUCGUGGAGAAGCCACUUGCAGUCCAGCUGCAGCAAGACUUUCCAGCGGUCCAUCAUCAGCUUGCUGGAGUCCCCGGAGCUGCUGACCACCAUGCUCUUCCCAGCUUCCUGGUGGAUCAUGAACAGCAACUGACCCUGGGCAGCCGCUUCCAGGACGCUGUCGGCAUGCAGAAGGAUGCAGAGCCCUCUGCACAGCUGGCGCCUUCCCCCGCGUUUGUCACCCCCUGCCCCUCUCCCCUCCUGCGGUCUGGCGGGGGCUGCCCCCCCAUUGUCCCUGGCAGUCUUUUACCCUUCUGCUCUUUCCAUGUUAAUUUAUUUAUUCCCCCCAACCCAGAGAGUCCCCGUGCUGCCUGGGGGGAGCAGGGCACUCCUAGCAGCACUCGUGGGAGCCAUGUUUGGGGGUGGCAGCCUGGCCCCUGGGGGACCACGGGUCUGGUUGCCACGUCCUGGCAGCCCUCAACCCCUCUCGCACCCCAGCUCCUCUUCCUCCCUAUGCUCCUCUUCCUCCUGGCUCUGAGGACAGCCCAAGAGGCUCCACAGGGGGCUGGGAUGGGCUAGGGGACAUUGCUCUGGCCAGCUGUGGCCUGGCCCACUGGAGCCACCUUGGGCCACCAGUGGCUCUGCCCAGGGAGCCGGGCUGCCUCGUACGGAUUGUGAAUAGUAUUUUAUAGGACAAAAAUUGUCAUUAAGUGUUUCUGGCAGGGUGUGCCAGAGCCAGCCCUGGCCAUGGUGGCAGCCAUUGUCACGGCUUUGAGCUUGGCCUCGUGCUCCCCCCAGCUGUGCCCAUGGCUGUGCCCGUCCCCCCCCAGUCACCCACCACACCCCCCCCGGGGAGGGCGAGCAUGGCUAAUAGCUCUGUUGCUUCAUCCUGUGGCUCAGAACAUAAACCAGUGUUAGCACCGGUUUCAGUGCUGUCAGAAAGAGGUUGUAGCUGAAUUAAUUAAUGGUGAUGGGGGUCAGUGGUGGGGCAUGAGCUGAACGGGGAGGCCCCCUUGGCUGCCCCGUGGGUCCCACACAGGGGGUUGGUUUGUUGGUGCUGCAGAAGCGGCUCCUGCGCUGACCUGGUGCUACAGGAGCCGUCACAAACGGCAGGGAGCUGCUGGGGCGCACGGGGCUUUGCAGGGCAGCAAAUGGCCACGGGCGAAGGCCUCCUGGCGUGGAAAGUACUGCUGCCCUUGCACCCCACUAGUCCCCAACACCCGGCCCACCACAGGCACCCACACCCUCAGCCCUCGCCUGGGUAUCGCGUGUGUGCCCCCCACCCCGGCUCUUCCACUCCCCAUGGAACCUGCUCCCCAGCAGCACCCCCGGAAACACUAACUUGUUUUUUGCCCCAAUCCCUGGGUGCAGUAAUUAAAAUGCAGUUAAUCUGUGGCCAAGGGGACACUGCAGACAAGCUGUGCUGGGCACAGCCAGCACCGUGUCACC